GUCAAUAAAACUGAUGAGUGUUUUGUUUUGAUUACAGUAUUUAAUGUUAAACACUAUUAACACUACAUUUAACUUUCAAUUUAGUCAUUAAAUUAAGCAAAAAAGUUGUACUUUUGUCACAACAUCUCAUCGCAAGACCUAUCGAUAGGGCGAAGACAUCACCGUUUGAUGAGAUAUAGGGCGUCAAAAGUCUUGAGCACUUGAAUCGGGCGAUCGAUUGGCCACAAAAUGCACAGAAUUUGUAUGGCCUCCGACUUCUUCUACCCGAACACAGGGGGCGUCGAGAGUCAUAUCUACCAGUUGUCGCAGUGUCUGAUCCAAUUGGGCCACAAAGUGAUUAUCAUUAGCCACGCCUACGACGACCGGACGGGUGUGCGGUAUAUGACAAACGGUCUGAAAGUGUAUUAUCUGCCGGUUUGGGUGGUUUACAAUCAGUGCACACUUCCCACACUCUUCACCACAUUUCCAUUGGUCAGGUAUAUACUGAUCCGCGAACGGGUGGACAUAGUUCACGGCCACUCAGCCUUCAGCGCAUUGGCCCACGAAGUGAUGUUUCACGCGAAGACACUGCACCUGAAGACAGUGUUUACCGAUCACUCGCUGUUUGGUUUUGCCGACUCGAGCGCUAUCAUCACCAAUAAGUUGUUGCAAAUACUGCUGGCCAUCUGUAAUCGGGUCAUCUGUGUCUCGCACACCGGUAAAGAGAACACAGCGUUGAGGGCAGGGGUGGAGCCGAACCGCAUAUCUGUGAUCCCUAACGCCGUCGACACCGAUAUAUUCAUGCCGUCCACCGAUAAGAAGCACUCCAAUCAUCCCAACACCACGACAAUAGUAGUGGUGAGUCGACUCGUGUAUCGGAAAGGCGUGGAUCUGUUGGCGGGAGUGAUACCCAUAAUUUGCCACAAAUACAGUGAUAUACGGUUUCUGAUUGGCGGCGACGGACCCAAACGUAUAGUGAUUGAAGAGGUUGUGGAACGGCAUCAGCUCCAGGACAGAGUCACUCUAUUGGGU